UAGAGAGAUGAGGGGGAAGCAGCGGAGGAACAUUCAGCAGUAGUUGGCUGCGCUGCACAGCUCUAUGCUCACAACUGAUCGUCGUCUGAGGCCAGAGGCCAGAGGCCACGCACGGACCCACAGGCGCAGAGACGAUGGUGUCCAGCUACUCUUAGGGAACUAAAGAGAGAGAGAGAGAGAGAAAGAGAGAGGUUGGCUGUCCAUGUUCUGUCCUUGCUGAGGGAGAGCAUUUGGGACUUGCGUUUGCUCCUCAACAUCUUCCAAGUUUUGUGGGUUCUUUUUUGGGGGGGUUUUUUCAAAUUCAUCUGGGCUCUUGGGUCAAACAUGGGGUGCUCCUCGUCCAGUGCACAGACUGUGGAUCAGGAGAAGAGACCAGGCACAAAGCCGGAGGAGAGCAAUGGAGACACAGCAGCAGUCCGAAACGGUUUCAUCGCAGAAGAUGCACAAACCAUCGAGGACCAGAUGCAGCUGCCCGUGCAGACUGCCUUACCGGAUGAUCUUCAACCGGGAGCCGAUGAUGAUGCAGAGGCCGUGUUGGUGGCCCUGGAGGCCCAGGAGGAUCUCGGCUCUGGAGAGGACCUUCUGGCUGCUCCGGAACCACAGCCAGAACCUGCUGCCCCUGAACAGCCGGCUCCAGCAGAAGUCUCCACCGAAGCCGAGGCCCCUGCUCCAGCAGAAGUCUCCACCGAAGCCGAGGCCCCUGCUCCAGCAGAAGUCUCCACCGAAGCCGAGGCCCCUGCUCCAGCAGAAGUCUCCACCGAAGCCGAGGCUGCUAUAGUGGCAGUGGAGGCACUACCCCCAGUGGAGGAAGCCUCGUCUGUAGAAACUCUUGUGGCUGAGGCCACGCCUGAGGUCAAAGCCCUUGUUGAGGCUACAGAGGAGGCCCCCGUUGUUGAAUCUGUCGUGGAGGUGCAGACAGAGGCCCCUGCUGUUGUUGAGGAGGUUACCACUGUGCCAGCUGAGGCCUCUCCCGAACCCGCCGCCCCUGCUGUUGUUGAGGAGAUCGCUGUUGUGCCACCCGAGGCCUCUCCUGAAGCCGCCGUCCCUGCUGUUGUCGAGAAGGUUACUGCUGUGCAAGCGGAGGCCUCCACUGAAGCUGCCACCCCUCCUGUUGAACCUGUUGUAUCUGAACCAGCAGAGGCCCCAGUGGAUGUGGAAGAGGCAGUGACUGUAGCCGCUGAGGCCCCUGCUGAAGUGGCUGCUCCUGUGGAGGCAGAGGCUCCACCUGUCAAUGUGGCACCCGCACCAGGGACUGAUUUGGCAACACCAGCUGAAUCCUCAGAACCGGGUACAAGUGAGGCCGCAGCACCAGGUGAAGCUGUAGUACCAGAUGAGGCUUCGGCACCAAGUGAAUCCUCAGCAACCGUAGAUCCUGUAAUAGAUUCUGAGAUUGCUGUGGCGACUAUUCCAGAGAUGCCUCCAAUAUCUCCAGUCACAGCUGAGGCAAACGCUGAGAUUCAGCCUGCUGCCGGAGGAGCUGAGGCACCCUGCCCCAAAGACGCCACCCCUGCUCUGGAUCAAGCUGAAUCUGCCGCUUCUGAGCCGGCCCGGACGGCAGAGGCCUCAGCAUCCGCACCAGUUGUUCCAGUGGCCCCUGCAGAACUAGCCCCCGAAGCAUCACCAGCAACUGCGCCCCCUGAGUCUGCGGUGGACAGCGCAGCCCCAGCACAGGCUCCCGUGGUCGAGCCCACCCCGGUAGACACGGAGGCUACCUCGGCACCAGCCCCUGAGGCCUCGCCCAAAGUGGUGUCUCCAGCAGAAGCCUCUGAGGAUGCAGAGAGCGAGAAAACCAAAGCGGAGCAUUGAGUUGGUUGGAAGAAAUCUACCAAAUAAUCUGAAAACUCCCAAAACGACAUGUGUACUGGAAGCAAACAAUUUACAACACGACCAAACAAGCGUCACUUUCACAGUAUUGUCUCGUCAGCUCUCACCAAAACCAAAUUACACGAGAUACAUGAAUAUGCAAGGGGCCUUAAUAGCCUGUCUUCAGGGAAAGAUCGGGAUCCCCCCCCCCCACAUUUGUAAAUAAUACACCUUUUUAAGACGAGUUUACCUACUGAGACCUGAAGUGCCUGGAGCCACGUGUGGGCUUUUGUAUGAAAACACGCAGGACAUGGUGAAAUGAGACAAGACGGUGCAAUACUGGGGGAAAUCUGCGAACUCGGUAGAGAGCAACGCUCACAGCGAAGCCUCGUCUGUUCAAAGUAGCUGCUUCUGAGGAACACGAGCCAAAAACACAACUGUGAAUACAAUUAUGUAAAGAGAUGGAGGUGACGCCAAAGUGUUACAUUCUUAAAAAGCUACAAUUUUCCGAUUGAAUUUUUUUACAUUUUCUGAAAUGUAUAUUCUGCCAUAAUUCCACACUUUGUCUUUGUUUGUUUUUUUACACAUGAUCAAAAUGUUACCUUUCUAAUGAGAUUAGUUUUAUUAAAAUAAAUUACAGUAAUAAGUGUUGAGUGUAACACACAUUAGCAUUACCGAGUCGAAUCCAUGCAUUCCUAACACUUCUUUGAUAUCACUUUAUUGGUUUACAAAUCAUGAAUAAAAACGGUGUUGUGUAAGGAAACAAAAAUACAUAGAGAUGAUUGGAUUACUAAUGACAUGAUGAAUUACUACCAGGUUGAGGACGUACAUGAUCCAAGGAUUGCAAUAGUUGUCAUCUUGCUGUUUCAUGAAGCCCCUUUGUGCAGCUUGUACUUUACCUGGCAGAUGUUCAUACAAUUCUCCUCCUGAAAAAUGACGGCGUAUGUAUCGCGCACAUUGGUUUGUCUUUGAGUGAAUUUAAAUUUGUGGCGCAGUGAGAAAUCACCUCGUGGACGUGACGUGUAAACCUCUGUUACUUCUUCAAGAUCUUAGAAAAUAAUUUUAAUACACAAGAUGUGAAGUGCUCAAUGGGAACAAAUAUCUGUUUCGAUGUCUGAUGUCUUCAUCUGUUUUCUUUCCUCUGAAAUGUAUUCAUCCUCUGAGCUUUGUCAAUGAUUCUGCUAACCUUUUAGUGUACAGAAUAAAGUUUUACUCACUAAUACAAGUGCUUUUUUAA